GAGAGAGAGAGAGGUGUUUGGUGGAAAGUUACGCCGCAUGAGAAAAAAGUGAAGAAUUUUAUGUGCAUUUUUCGCUGAAAGAGAUGUAAUUUGGCGGAAUAAGCACCUUGUGCUGUGAUUCUGGGAGAAACACUGCAAAUAGUCACCUUUUCACCGGGAAACAGUACAGAAUCAACCUCAACAUGAUGUUCACGGGUACGACUCAACAGCAGGACACCCGGUUUAGCGAUAAAGAGAAGAAAAUGAUGAAAGUGAUGAAAUUUGGUGAUUGUGUCAGCAAAAGGGUGGAUAUGUCCAAGGUGAAGUUGGAUGUCCUACGUCCCUGGAUCAGCAAGAAAAUCACAGAUUUUCUCCACAUCGAGGACGACGUAGUGGUGGAGUUUGUUUAUAAUCAAUUGGAAGAAGAACGUUUUCCAUGUGGUAAGAAAAUGCAGAUAAAUAUGACAGGAUUUCUCAAUGGUAAGAAUGCUAGGCAGUUUAUGGAUGAACUCUGGUCUCUGCUUCUCUCAGCUCAAGAGACAGAGACUGGCAUUCCCGAAGAGUUCAUUCAGGCCAAGAAGGAUGAGAUAUUGAAGCGAGAGGAAGAUAUUAAGGUGACUGAGUUGAAAGAUGAGCGUGAAGUUAAAGAUGUUGAUGCUCCAAAGGAGUCUGAAGAAAAAUCUUCAGAUAAUUCCACUCAGUCACCCAAUGAAACAGCAGAGGACAAACGAACCAAGUCCGCUAGCUAUACCAAAUCCGUGGAGAAAUCCAAGUUGAUCUUGGAACGCUUGGAGAAGGCAUCGGCAGCUAAGGAGAUGGAGAAAAAGAAGUCUCCAGAAAAGGCGCCCCCACAGGUAGAAACAAACAGCAAGACUAGCCAACAGUUGGAGAAACCUCGCGAUACAGAGUCCAAGGAGAGUCACAAGAAGUCCCAAUCGGGUGACCGUGUUCGUUCUAGGUCUCGAAAUCGUUCACGAUCACCACGUCGUCGGUCGAAAUCUCCGGGGCAGUCCAAGUCAAAACAGCGUUCACGUUCGAAGAGGCGUUCUCGAUCACCGCGUCCGAAGUCUCGGGAUCGGGAUCGAGGUAGAUCACGCGAUAGAUCUCGCGAGAAAUCUCGCGAUAGAUCUCGUAGAAGAUCACCAGUAGUGAAGUCUCGGAGGAGAUCCCGUUCCCGAGGCCGAUCUAAUGAUUGGGGUCGAGAUCGCCGUCGCAGUCGAUCACGCGAUCGACGCGAGAGGAAACGAUCACGAUCGCGAUCUCGUCGUCGUGACAGCAACUUCCGUUCAGGUAGGCGUGGUGGUGAUAGAAGAUCGCGAUCGCCGGUAAAGAAAUUGCCAGAGAAAAAGGAGAUCUCUCGUGAGCGCGUUCCCGAACCUAAAGCUAUUAUUAAUGGGUCUGAUCCUAAGCCUCCGCUGUCAAAGGUACAGGCUAAGUUGCUAAACAUGGCCACUGAGGGGGCAAUAGGAGGAAGGGGAAAGAGCAGAAGUCGCAGUGCUCGUCGUUCGCCAUCGCCUAAACGCUCCAAGAGGGUGUCGCGAUCGCGUAGUAAGAGUGGUUCAUCGUCAUCUGGAUCCAGUGAUCGCAAACCUCCGCCAGCGAGUAAGAAAUCCACCGAAAAGCGAUCUGGAGGCAGGGAUUCACGCAAGAGAUCUAUCACCCUAUCCUCGUCGCGUAGUGUGUCGCCAGCUCGUAUGGACUUUGAGAUACACAAGAAGGAAAAUAGUGUGCAACAGAAGAGACAUUACAGGUCUAAUAAGGACUCGAGCGACAGUGAAUCUGAGGAGAAUCUGAUGAAGGAUGCUGGAAGGCGUAUGGAUGAUAUGGGUCGUGAUCGUGGAAAUCGUGCCAAUAGAUCACGAUCUCGACAGAGAUCUAGGCGUAUGAGUCCAGUUGGUGGAUCUCGGGGAGGACGACGAAGGUCUCCUGAUCGCAGGGAUGCCCAACGCAGAGGAUCUUCACGGAAUAGAGGAAGUCCUCAGCGAAAACGCAGUCGCAGUCCCCGAGUGACAACGUCGAAGGGAGGUAGACCGAGAUCACGUGAGCGAAAAGUCUCUCCACAACGGCGACUCAGUAUCUCACCAUUGAAGCCAUCACCAGUGGUGUUUAGGAAGGAGAAAGAGCAUCAGCAGCAGCAACAGCAGCAAGUCAUGCGAAUGGAACGUGAGAAAGAGGUUAGAAAAAGUCACGAACUUCGUGAGAGGAUGCUAGAGAAGAAGAAGCCUGAGGAACCACCGCCAUUGCCGAAGAAACGCGACGAGGGCAGAAAGAAGCCUGAACCGUUGGCCAAGGAGGAGAAGAUCAAUCGACGUGAAGCUGUGGUGAAGCCUAUGAGAUUUGAUGAGGAAGCUCGCAGGCAAGAAAUGUCCAGAGCAAUGGAGAGUGGCGGAAAGCCAGAAAAGAUAACAGUGUACUCGAGUAGUCUUUCGAGGACACCAUCUCCCUUCCUCAGAUCCUACGAACGCAACCCAGCUCUAUUUGCCGGUACACUUGUGGCAGAGCUAGAGGCUAAGCGUAGUGCUAGAAAGUUACAGCAACAGCAACAGCAGGAGAUGAAGAAGGCACAACAAAAAGUGGUGAAGAAGAAGAGUGUAAGCUCGAGUGAUGAGAGUAGUGAGUCUGACUCCGAUUCCUCGGAUGAAAGACAUCAAAAGAGAAAACGCCGUUCUAAGGCAAAAACUAAGAAAGCCUCUAAGCGUGCUCCUUCGUCGUCAAAUUCAAGUGAUGAUGAAGAUGGCAAUGAGGAGGAGGCACCGAAGAGGAGAUCCAAGGAAAAAGUAGAUGCAGCAGAAAGUCGAAAGAAGGAUGUGAAGAAAGUAGAGAAGAAGAAGAAAUCCCGUCGAUCGGAUACUGAUUCCAGUUCUGGAGAUGUGGUAUUGGUGAAGAAGCCCCGAAAGGAGGAAGUUCUCGAGAAGGUGACCGAAUUAAAGAAGCAGCUGAAGAAAAAGAAGCUUGAGGAUGAUUUUUCGAGUGAUUCGAGCGAUGAGAAAUCCAAGAAGAAGCGUAAGUUGAAGAAGAAGGAACUUUCAGGGGCAUCAUCGAGUGGUGACGAUUCAGAGACAGAGUCUAAGAAGAAGAAACAUAAGAAGCACAAGAAACACGGGAAGAAACACAAGAAACAUAAAAAGCACAAAAAGAAGAGCAAGAGAGGCGGAAGAGAUGACGAUGACGGCGACGGAUCGGAUUCUGAUGCUGAAGAUGAUGAAGAGGGUGUACCUGUACCCUUUGUGGGUGCUGGUGGAAUAAUUAAUGAUGACUUGGAGAAGCAGCUGAGAGAACGGGCACUAAAGUCCAUGAAGAAACAAGCCAGUUGCUCCUCAGAUUAAUUAAGGGGAAAAAUAAUGGCAUAAUAAAUUCCUCGCCGAAUUACAAAAUUCGGGAAGUUUUUUUUUGUGAGGAAUCACAUCAUGAAAAAAAUAUUCAUUAUUCACCCUAUGAUAACUUACUACUAUAUUGUAAUCAACAUACCAUUUAAAAAUGAGAAAGAAAAAAACACUUUAGAAAUUAUGGUCUAAAAAUGUAAUGACAAGUUAGUCUUGUUUAAUUUUACAAUUAAACAAUAUUCGUCAAGUUGUUGAAAGAAUUAGAGUUCAAAAAAAAAUUAAAGCUCCUCCCCUUUCAAAUUCUUUUUAAUUUUAAAUCAGAAAGGAGAAACACUUACUAAGAAGGACUUCUGGGAUCAUUUUAAUGCUUAUAUUUGUUAAAAAUAUACAGCCUAUUUGGAGGUAGAUUUGUGCAAGGCGAUACAAAACAUUUUUCAGAUAAGUAUUUUCCACUUUUUAUUGGCAAGAAAAAAAAACAAA